CCUCUUAUUCACUCUGUUAUAGGUUCCAGUUGCCCAUCGUCUGAGGAGGAGAAGAAGAAGAUCGUCUAAAGAAGAAGAUGGCAGGGUACCCACCGGGAGGAGGCUACGGUUACGGCUACCCGGGACAGCCGCCCCAGCCGUACGGUUACGCGCCAACGGCACCUCCUUACCAGACAGAAGGCGCUCCUCCGGGAGGAAAGCCCGGCAAACCCCCCAAGGAUUCGACGGGUAGCAGCGGCGGCUAUCCCGGGGCACCGCCCACGGCAGUUCCCUAUCAGGGAGGGUACCAACCGGGGUACCCUCCGCCGCCAGGGGCGCCCUACUCGAGCCCCUUUGCGGCGCUGAUGCCGUCGGCGUUCCCGCCGGGAACGGACCCGAACGUGGUGGCGUGCUUCCAGGCGGCAGACCAGGACGGGAGCGGCUUCAUAGACGACAAGGAGCUGCAGAGGGCGCUCUCCUCCUACAACCAGGCAUUCAGCCUCCGCACUGUCCACCUCCUCAUGUACCUCUUCACCAAUUCCAACGCCCGAAAGAUCGGACCUAAGGAGUUCACCUCUCUCUUUUACAGUCUUCAGAAUUGGAGGGCAAUCUUUGAACGAUUUGAUAGAGAUCGCAGUGGGAAGAUUGAUGCCAAUGAGCUCCGUGAUGCUCUUCUCAGCCUUGGCUUUUCAGUAUCACCCGUUGUUCUAGAUUUGCUUAUUUCAAAGUAUGACCCAACAGGCAAAACUAGGGCUAUCAAUUAUGACAACUUCAUAGAGUGCAGUCUGGUUGUGAAGGGCCUGACAGAGAAGUUCAAGGAGAAAGAUACAUCAUACAUGGGCAAUGCUACCUUUAACUAUGAGAGCUUCAUGCUCACCGUUCUGCCUUUCCUUAUUGCCUAGAUAAAAUAUCCUGUGUUUUUUUGUGUGGAUUGUAUGAGUCUAUGACCAAUUGAUUUAGUGGUGGGUUUGUCAUGAAAAGAUUUGGGCUUUGCCUUGCA